AUGUGUACUGUUGUAUCAGUCUGCUACGAUUGUGGUGCAAAUAAUCCGACGUGGGCAUCGAUAACAUACGGGAUAUUUCUCUGUGUCGAUUGUUCAUCUGCUCAUCGAAAUCUCGUUGUUCAUCCCAGUUUCGUGAGGUUUUUUAGGCAUCCUCAUUAUGUUUCUGCCCUUCGGAAGGAUGUGACAGAUUUGAUGCAGAAACUUCGUGGCAAAGAUGCCGAAGCCAUCCCUUGGGCCACCCGAAAGGAAUGGGUCGACAAUAUCUGUGGCCGAGUCUUAGCAGCUAAAUUUCGGGUUGAUGCGCAAGGGAAUCGUAAAGAUCAAGUUGCAAAGCUGCGGAAUGAUACGAGGGACAUGUUGGAAGUCUUAGUAAAUAAGAAGGUUAAAAGGAUCAAGAUUGAUUAA